AACACUGCAGUAAUACUGGCCCUCCAAAGCAUUCAAUCCAUCCAGUGAAAAAUAGUCUCCUGCAGCUUCAUCUUCCGCUGUCCAUAGGAGCAAUCUUUGUUAUAUGUGAUUCCCAGAGUCCAACGGUUUUGUCUGAACCUUCAAACGCUUUUUUCUUUUCAGAGCUAGAGAGCAGGAGAACCAGAGAUCUCCAAUGGUGGCCUUCGAAAACACGACCGACAAUGUCCUAACAGUAGAAAGAUCCCUCCCCGUCGAGGUCCUACCUGGAGGAGAAACGCCCAGGGGCUCCCUUUUCUUAAGUAGCAUGGAUUGUUGGGCUUUAGCCGUGGUGCCGACCCUUUAUACUUUCGACAGGGGCGAUGCGAACGUGGUAGAUGUGAUCAAGCAAGCUUUGUCCAGAGUUUUAGUUCAUUAUUAUCCGCUUGCAGGGAGGAUAGCCAAAAACUCUCUAGGGAAGUUGACGGUCGAUUGCGAAAAGAAGUUGGGAGUCCCAUUUGUGGAGGCAUCGGCUAAUUGCGACAUCGAAGAUAUGGGCGAUAUAAAAAUGCUUGAUUCUGAUAUCUUAGAAAAGUUUGUUUACAGAGAUCCUACUGAAAAAAUGCUGGAAGUCACACCCCUUCUGACAGCACAGGUAACAAGGUUUAAAUGUGGAGGUUUCACUUUAGGGGUCGUAGUUAACCACUGCAUGACCGAUGGUAUCUCCGCAAUUGAUUUCAUGAACUCAUGGGCUGAGAUAGCAAGAGGUAAACCAUCAUCCUUCAUCCCUUGUCACGAUAGAACCUUUCUGAAGUCAAGGGUGCCACCUCAAAUUGGCGAUCAUUACAAUGACUUUGCUCGCGUGGGUGAUAUAUCAAACAUGACCACAUCAUGGGAGAGAGAGCCAACCGUAUUUAAAUCGUUCCACAUUAACGGCGAGAAGCUGGCCACCCUGAAAAAAAUGGCAACGACCGAUGGACAGGCGAGGAGCAACUGCUCCAGCUUUGUUGUGCUUUCGGCUCUAGUAUGGCGGGCUCGAACCAUGGCACUCAAAAUGAAACCACACCAACUAACACAGCUUCUCAUAUAUGUCGAUUUCCGACCGAAGAUGAAGGAACAUAUGCCUGACGGAUACUUUGGGAAUGCCGUGGUCUUACCUUGCUGUCUCUGCACCGCGGGAGAGUUGAUCGAUGAGCCGAUCUCUUCCACCACUGAAAGAAUAAAGAAGGCGAUCGAGAGGGUGGACGAGGACUUUGUGCGGUCGGCGAUCGACUACAUGGACAAGUAUCGGUUUGAACCUUACCGAGUGAGCUCGCUGUUGAUAAGUUCAUGGAUGGGGCUGGAUUAUGGAGACUUUGACUUCGGAUGGGGAGGGCCGAGGCAGCUCGGCACCGGCAAUCUGCUACCGACAGAUUGCGUGUUUAUGAGGGAAGAGAGUGAGAACAAGAAGGACGUUGCGGUGGUGUUGGGUUUGCCACUGUCGGCCGUGAACACGUUCCAAGAGUUGGUUCAAAUAUAAACUAGUCACCAGAGACUGAACACCUUCAAGAGAACUCGCCUGUCAUUCCAAUAAUGCUACUUUUCUUUUUUUUUCUCUGGAAUAAGCGCAAACAAUGCUACUUAGAUGUUCGCUGUUUAGUUCAGACAUUCGAAUAACAAUCACGGUUUGUUUCUGUUUA